GUCGCCUCGGAGCUGUCGGGUGCUAAGACCGUGUGGACAAGCAGCUGUUAGCAGUAUGCUAGCAGGAGCUAGUGACAGGUUUCCCCCGACAAGGAUUCAUGAACUACUUUUAAGGUUAUAACAUUAGUACUUUUUAUUGAGACCUAGCCAUGUCUCAGGUGGAGAAGAAGGCAGGGCUGCUGAGGAGGACAUCAUCAUCUAAGAAACCCCUGAAGGAGAAGGUGGUGUUGAUGUAUGACGAGAUAUUCGCAAAAGAGGAUCCAGCCAAAAACAAUCCUCGCUUCUGGGAUGAGCUCUUUCUUAUGAAGGUGAACCUGGAGUAUCUAGAGUCCAAAUUGGAGAGUGUAGAUGGGGAGGAGGUCCAGCGGAUUCAGGACAACAUCAACUCUCUGUUCCACCAUUGUGUUCAGGCUCUGGGAGAGGAGCACCAGAUCAAAGUGGUCAAUGCCCUGCAGACUCUGUGUGCACUUUUCCGAGGGGUUCACCAAAAGAACAAGUCGGCGUCUGGCUUCGACAUCAUCAACAUGCUCAUGGGGUUUGACAAAGCCGAGCUUAGGAUGAAGGACUUGAUGGAGAGUUUGGACAGCCUUCUUUGUGGCGAAGGCUCUGAGAGUUUAAAGAGCCUCUGUCUCAAACUGCUGCUGUGUCUAGUGACGGUAACAGACAAUAUCAGCCAGAACACCAUAUUGGAGUAUGUUAUGAUUAACAGCAUCUUCGAAGCCAUUCUGCAGAUUCUGUCGGAUGUGUCCAGCAGAGGGCAGCAUGGUUAUGAUGCUGUGGUCCUCCUGGCCCUCCUGGUCAACUAUAGGAAAUAUGAGUCUGUGAAUCCCUAUAUUGUGAAGCUCUCCAUUGUUGAUGACGAGCCGACGCUAGAUGGAAUGGGCAUGGUUGUCCACCAAGCUCUGACAGAAUAUAACCGGCAGUACAAAGACAAAGAGGAAGAGAACCAGGGUGGCUUCUUCUCUACACUUACUAGUAUGGUUGGCAGCAUGUUUAUUGCAGAUGCUGAUGAAAAGCUCUCUGUACAAACCAAUGAGGCUAUUCUGCUGGCGCUGUAUGAGGCUGUGCACCUCAACCGCAACUUCAUCACCGUGUUAGCACAGAGCCACCCAGAGAUUGACAUGGCAGGUUCGCCUGCCACCCCGAUUCCCACCACUCCUACGACACCGCUGGGCACAACGCCGCCCUCCCUGGACAUGAUGAACAACCCAGAAUUGCCUCUGGAUCCCAACCUGCAGACUAGCAACCUGCUCAUCACCUUCCUCAAGUAUUCCUCCAUUGUCAUGCAGGACACCAAAGAUGAGCAUAGACUCAACAGCGCCAGACUGUGCCUCAUCAUCCUCACCUGUAUAGCAGAGGACCAGUACGCUGAUGCCUUCCUACAUGACGACAAUAUGAACUUCAGAGUCAACCUGCACAGAAUGCCAAUGAGGCACAGAAAAAAAGCCGUGGACAAGAACAUCCCCUCACGGCCUCUCGUGUGUGCUGUUCUAGAUCUGAUGGUGGAGUUCAUUGUUACUCACAUGAUGAAGGAUUUCCCCAUGGAUUUAUACUUGCGCUGUGUACAGAUCAUUCAUAAACUCAUCUGCUACCAGAAGAAGUGCAGAAUUAGGCUGCAUUACACCUGGAGAGAGCUCUGGUCAGCCCUCAUCAACCUGCUAAAGUUCCUGCUGUCAAAUGAGACCACACUGCUGGCCAAGCACAACAUCUUUCAUCUGGCUUUGUUGGUGGUGAACCUCUUCAACAUGUUCAUAACAUAUGGCGACACGUUUCUGCCCACCUCCAACAGCUACGACGAGCUAUACUAUGAAAUCGUGCGAAUGCACCAGGUUUUUGACAACCUCUACUGUAUGGUACUGAGAGUAUCAACCAACACAGGCCAGUGGAAGGAGCCUGCCAGUAAAGUCACACAUGCCCUCCUCAAUGUCAGGGCCAUCAUUAACCAUUUCAACCCCAAGAUUGAAUCCUAUGCUGCUGUGAACCACAUCUCUCAGCUGUCUGAAGAGCAGGUGUUGGAGGUGGUACGGUCCAACUAUGACACACUCACCCUGAAACUGCAGGAUGGUCUGGACCAGUUUGAGAGAUACUCGGAGCAGCCCAAAGAGGCCGCCUUCUUUAAGGAACUGGUGCGCUCCAUCAGUCUGAAUGUAAGGAAGAAUGUCUCUCUGAACACACUGAGUCAGGACGUCCUGCUCAAAGAGUUUUCCACCAUCUCCUGAGGCAAAACACAUCCACCCUGCUUCGUCUUACAGAUGGACACACACACACACACACACACACACACACAUAUUCACACACACACACAUAUUCACACACAAACACACAUUACACAUUCAAUCCAGUACAAUUCUCAGUUGCCCUCCCCAUGAUUCAUCUUGAAUCCCAUCUUCAGACAGCUCUGUGUUAGCCCUGACUUCAGAUCCUGUCUUCUGUGAAUGAAAAGACGGCAGCCUCUUCCACACAGACGGACACACUAACUGACCGGCUGGAUGCACCUUAACAGAGAAGACGGGCGCUCUCUGCACGUCUAAACUCAGCCUUCAUGUGGGCAUUCAUGUGUGUGUGUGAUGCUUUAUGGAAGUGCCCGUGUUACACUGGUUCCCAGUAAGUUUGCGUGGAAUCAGCCUUGGCAGGACUGUUAACUGACACAUGAAAGUCUUGAUUUAAACUACGCAGUAAAAGAUUUUUUUUUUUUUUUUUAACUUAAACUUUUGUCUCAUGCAAUCACACCCCACCCCCCGCCCCCUCCUCUGUACUGUAACUUCUGCCAGACUGAUCAAUGCGGCGCAGAGCACAAUUCAUCUCUCAGUAAUUUCGAAGGCUUUUAACUUUGUGAUAUCUUUUGUCCUAACGCCACAGUUCCUAACAAGAUUGGAGAUGGUAAACCCCCAAGGUGACCUUUUGAUUUUGGUGACUCUUAUAUCCUCUUUUAUUAAGACAUAAAUAUGCUCUUCCGAUCAGAAAUACUCCUUUGUGACUGGAUGUUGUGUGAAUGUUAACUCUUUUCUCUUCAUGUUCAGAAUAAAUUUACAAGUGUUUUGUGUUGACUCAUUUGCUGAGGGGUAGAACACGUUGGCCAUUAAUUAAGUUCAAGAUGCUCUGAAGUAACACACAUUUUUAUGAUUAUUGUUGCAAAGCCUUUGUGUUUUUGAACAAAGCCCUGACUAAUAAUCACUACUACACAUUGCACAAGUCUGUUUUCCCCAAGUAGUUUAACAAAUUAAUCUGAAUGUUAUAAAGUGACUGGUUGGAUCAAAGGGUAAGGCUAAUGGAGGAAUUAGCAAUGCUUAUGCAUUAUAAUACAUGCAAGUGAUUAUCCCUAGCAAGUUUCUGGGAUCUAGGAAGUGAGGUCAGUGAAUUUCUUCUUAUUGUAAAUACAGAAUCCAUGCAUCCACCCUCUUGAACAUAGCCUUGCUCUUUCUUAUCCAGAACUUUUUUUUUUUUUUUUUUUUGGGACUGGCAGUAGAUCUGAAUGAUGCAGUUCUCUUUUCAGGUUUAGGGCCUUCUUUCAUUCAUCUCUUAAUUCCUGUAGGUAUAUUUAUGUGUUUCUUUUUUUUAAAUAAAAGUUGGUUUCCUACUACUGAA